AGUUCAUCUCACCACAGUUUUAUUUUUUCUCAACUGCCUUCUUAGUCUUUAUUGAUAUAACAUUAAAAUAUAUCAUUAUUUUAUUCUAAUAUUCCAUUGUUAUAUUGUUGUUUUACUUGGAUGAGUUAGCAUUUUAUGUUUCCUCUCCUUCACUUUGGUGGGUGCUUCCACUAAUAGGCACAUUGAAAAUUUUGUCUGUAAUUGAUAUCACAUAAAUAUAUCUAUCGAUAUCUAUAUAGAUAUCUAUCUAUAUCUGUAUCUCCCUAUAUCUAUGUCUAUAUCUAUAUUUGUACGUGUCUGCAUGACACUAAACCAUUGUGUGUUUCCAUUGGUCUUCUGAGCAGGUGUGAGUCAGGUGAUAUUCUCUUGUGUUGCAGAUUUGACUGUCUCAAACGCCUGUGUAAUUAAUUCUAUUAAGAAAUUUUUUGUGCAUAGAUUUUGUUUAUCAUUGAUAAACAAAUAUCACUGAUAACACUGAUCACAUCUUUAUAGGAAAAGGAGGUAUAAAAUAGGGUGAAAUAUCACAUCCUUUUUCACAUUUGAUGAACAUUUAUCUUAUGCCAGUUUUGUACCAAUUUCUUUCACCCAUCAGUGUGCCUCCCUGCGGUCAUGCUUCGGACUUAAAACGUCUUCGAAGAAUAAAAAAUGUACCGUAUUCCCAAUGAUUUGAACAUGAUAGAACUGAAAUGUUCAUUUUCUGAUUCCUUAUGGCCAGCGUAUAACUAGUCGUCUUCUUCGGCGGUAAGCAUUGGAUGAAAAGGGUCAUCAACUAGCCUUAUAUUUGGCAAUGUAUUUGGUCCAGUGUCACUAACUCUGCAAGGUAGCUUCCAGAAAGGUGACAAUUAACCUAAUAUGGACGGACAUCUGAGAUCGUGUAUAAUCCCAAAAUAACGUUUCAUUUAUGCCUUUCCUUGUAUACAUUAAGUGUUGCAUUAUAGUGCUUUGAUCUGUCAUUGCUUUUGAGAAUGUUUCUGUCCUUAUAUCCGUGUGUGUAUCUAUUUACUUAUUUUAUCAUAGGAAGUGAUGUAAAGCAUUACAGUCUGUCAAAAUUAUAUGGUUGGAUAACUUUUAAAAGUUUAUUCUGAUUAGAAUGUUGAUACAUUAGAAUAAUCCUACAUCUUUCAGGAAUUUUACAGAGUCUAGUUGGUGUAAUGUGUGAAACAGAAAUCUGAAGAAGGAAGAGGAAAAUGUUGGGCACUGGAUUUUGGAGUUCUGAUUCCAACAGACUCUGUACAGCCACUGAAAUUUUGGAGUUUUAUUAAUUAGUAUGGUAAUUUUAAGCAUCUUUAGGACAAAAGUUAAGCACUGUAACUGAAUGGUGCUAUUUUUUGGUUCUCUCUGGUUAUUUAUUUUAUUGCCAUAGGGGGAAAAAACCCCAAUGUGUGUUUAUAUGCAGAUCUAGUACUGGUAUUUUGAAUGUAGUUGAAUUUCUUUGUAUAAGUAUGUUGUAGGUCAUCAAUUCCUAUAUCUGGAUGCAUUUGGACAUUAUGUUGUAUUAUAAAGUACUGCAUGUUAGGUGUGUGCAAAUCUAGUUGUGUGGAAUUAUGAGAUACAUAUUUAAAAUAAUGAAUCUCCCUCUGUAUGCAUCUCUUUCCUAUUCUUUCUGAUUGUUCUCUCUCUUUUUCAUUGAUCCCCAUUUUCUCUAAAAUGUAGCUACAUUUUCAUGGUAGUUUCAGUCCUAUUAUGAUCAGAUUUAGAGAACUUUUAUACCUAUGACUGACACAAACACAAGGUUCAUUAUUUGAUUUUUCAUAUAUGAAAUAUUAAUGAUUUACUGUUUUGAUAAUGUGGAACUAAAUUGGUAUGAGCUAUGGCAAUUUCAAUGAGUACACCAUUUAUUCAAAUAGUUAGUGAUAAAAUUCUCUGGCUAUGUCUUUUAACAUGAUAAAUCCACCCCCUGCCUCCUUUUUAUUUUUUAGAACAUUUCUUCAAAAAUUGCUAAAUACUUGGUCUUGACAGGAAACACGUGGUAAGAAAGGAUGGACCCGAAAAAUGGAAGUUCUGUCACUGGCUUUAUCCUGCUGGGUUUCUCUGACCGGCCUCAGCUGGAGCGAGUCCUCUUUGUGGUUCUUCUCAUCUUCUAUCUUCUCACCCUGCUGGGAAACACAAGCAUCAUUGCAUUGUCCCGCCUGGACCCACACCUGCAGACUCCCAUGUACUUUUUCCUGUCCAACCUAAGCUUUCUGGACCUGUGUUACACGACCAGCACUGUUCCUCAGCUGCUGGUUCAUCUCAGGGGAACAGACAAGUCUAUCUCCUUCAGUGGCUGUGUAGCUCAGCUGUUUGUCUCUCUAGGGUUGGGAUGCACAGAAUGCAUUCUGUUGGGGGUGAUGGCACUUGACUGCUAUGCAGCCGUCUGCAGGCCCCUGCACUACACAGUGAUCAUGCACCCCCGUCUCUGUGCCCUGAUGGCUUCUGCAUCGUGGUUCACUGGUUUUGCCAACUCCUCAUUGGAGACGGUGCUCAUUUUUCUCAUACCGCUUUGUGGGAGAAAUAAAAUAGAGCACUUCUUUUGUGAGGUUCCCCCAUUGCUCAAGCUUGCCUGUGUUGACACCACUGUGUAUGAGUCUGAGAUCUUAUUUUUCAGUAUGAUCUUUCUUUUCAUACCUGUGGCAUUAAUCACAUUCUCCUAUGGUCGGAUAGUCAGGGCAGUGUUAAGAAUAAAGUCAGCCGCAGGACAGAGGAAAGUGUUUGGGACAUGUGGGUCCCACCUCACCGUGGUCUCCCUGUUCUAUGGCACAGCCAUCUAUGCUUACCUGCAGCCCAGCAACAACCAUUCCCAGGAUCAGGGCAAGUUCAUUUCUCUCUUCUACACCAUCGUCACCCCCAUGGUCAACCCUGUCAUAUAUACCUUGCGGAACAAGGAUGUGAUGGGCGCAAUGGAGAAGGUGUUCCAUCGGGGCUCCAUAUGACUGGGGGGAAGAGCCUUUGAUGGAGGCUCAAAUGUCAGAGGCUUUAAGAUUUUGUGUCCUUCAUGUGUUGUCCAACAUUCUCGUGAUGACUCUCAAGGGAAUUUCCUUACCUCGUUCAUUUUUUUAAAGUAACAUUUUCUUUUUUAAAAAAACUUUUUAAAAAAAGUUUGUUCAUUGAGAGAGAGCAAGAGUAAGAGGGACAGAGAGGGUGAGAGAGAGAGAGAAUCAGCAGAGAGAGACAGAAACAAUUCCAAGAAGGCGCUGCACUGUUAGCAGUAAACCUGAUGCAGGGCUCAAACUCACGAAGUGUGAGGUCAUGAUCAGAGCCAAAAUCAAGUGUUGGAUGCUGAACCAAUUGAGCUAACCCAGUUCUCCCCCUAUACCUCAUUCUUUUAUGCAAUGAAUGUUCCAAGCUCGUGGAUUCAUUGCAACCUCCGGAGACGCUGGUUUAGUGUCCCAGUGCAUCUCCAAUAUAUUAAUAUUUAAAAAAUCCUUUUCUUAUUUUAUCCUCUUUUGGGAGUACCAUUCUAAUUGCAAAAAGACAUUUAUGUACAUAUGAUAAAGGCGUGCACAAAAUAAGAAUAGGAACCACAAAAACAGUGUAAGAAAUUUUAACAUUUUAGCACUUUCUAGCAAUUUCCGGAGGCAUAUCACUUAUUCUUGCAUUUGAUCAUGGCUCUGUUAGAAGGUCUGUAAGUUGACUGUGUCACAGCUUCUUCACAGAAUUGGUGGGCAACCACGGGAUAGAUGAAAUUUAGCUCAGAGGAAAUCCUGGGAACACCAAUCUUGACACAGUCAUUCAGAUAUUAGGCCCCAGUGUGACCGUACCUGUGUGACAGUAAUUUUACAUAGACUUCAUGUCAUAGGGGGCGAUGGCAUGAUGCACUCAUCCCAGGGACAAUGGGAGCAUCAGGUAGCAAUACAGCAGGCGGUGCUUAUGUGUAAUGUGUGUAAUGCUGUGCGAUGUGAGGUGUGCACCUCGCUUGAAUUUAUGAUGAGCCACCUCAUCCAUUAAAAAUGACUUUUGAGUGGGCACCUGAGUGGCUCAGUCGGUCGGGUGUCUGACUUCAGCUCAGGUCAUUAUCUCAUGGUUCGUGGGUUCAAGCCCUGCUUGGGCUUUGUUCUGGCAGCUCAGAGCCUAUAGCCUGCUUCAGAUUCUGUGUCUUCCUCUCAAUCUGCCCCUCCCCCGCUCUU